AUGUACUGGGCCGCCGUGGAGGAGGCGGCGCCGGCUGACGCCAGGCGCGAGCCGCCGCCGUGGGCGCCUUCCGGCUCCCACUACCUCGUGGCGGGGCCGAGCUUCCCGGCGGGCUUGCCGCAGGAGCUGCGGGACGAGCUGGUGGACGUGGAGCCCGGCGGGCUGGUGGAGCUCCAGGCCUGCCACGGCGGCUGGGGCCUGGGGUCCCCGCUCGUGUGGGAGCCGACGGGCCCGGUGCCCGGAGCCCGGGGCGCCGAGGGCGCCUUCCGCCUGGAGUGGAUGCGCGCCGUGCGGGUGCGGCCGCACGGCGGGCGCCCGCGGUGCGUGCUGCUGGCCGACGCCACGCCAGCCGCUACGAGUUCCACCCGCCCAGCUGCCCGGACGUGGCGGCCAGGUUCCGCGCCAAGCGGCGGCAGCAUCGCCUCGAGCGGGCCGCACUGCUCUGGGAGGCCCACCGCGGGCCGCCCGAGGCCGCGGCGGCCGCGAAGGAGAGGCCCUGCGCGGCGCCGCGGCCGCCGCCGAGGC